AUGAUAUUUGUUGGCUUAAUAUUACUUUUAUGUACAGAACAAUUAUGUUAUGCCUGUAUUGGAGGAUCAUCUCCAGCUAGUUGCUGUAGAAAUGGAUGUACAAAUACACCAGUAAGUGGAUGUUCCUCUUCUAGACCAAUUGUUGGCUAUCAAACACAACAACAACCACAAGUGCAAUCUCAGUAUAUUGCUCCAACAUAUAAUCAACGUAUAUAUGCUCAAGUUCCAGAAUCAUAUAUGAGUUCAGAUUCAUUAUAUUCUUCAAAUAAUCAACAAUAUUUAUCUGGUAUCCCUCAACAAUCAUUUAAUAUUCCUCAAAUUCCUUCACAAAAUUCAUAUAUUUCUCCUCUUCAAAAUCAACAUUUACAACAAUCACAAUAUUAUAAUAGUGGACCUGUUUCACAACCAUCAUAUACAAAUAAUGUUCCAGUAUACUCUGGAAAUGGUGAAAAUGCUAAAGGAGCUAUUUAUGAGUCUAUUCAACAAACAGUAUCUAGUGAACAAACAAAAUCUUUAAAUAGAUAUGAUACUUCAUCAAAUAUUAAUAUAAAUAAUCAACCAUCAUUACCUAUUUCAAAAAUUGAAACAACUAAAGAAAAUAUAAUACCAUCUCAAUUAUCUACUAGUAUGGUAAAUUCAUUCACUCAACAAAAAGAAGAAUCAUAUAUUCCAGAAGAAAAAAAUAUUAUUUCACAAAGUUUUAAUGAAAAUAUUCCACAAGUAAGCAAAGAAAAUGUAGAAAAAAAAAUUGUCCAAGUUUCACCAUCAACAACACAUAUUGAAGAUUCUGAUUAUCGUGAUCAGGAACAUGAAACAAUUGUAACAUCAAAAGAAACUACAAUGAAAACAAAUAUUGUACCAUAUACUAAUGAAGUUAUGCCACCAAAUCCACCAGAAGUUGGAUCAAAUCAAUUAGAUGGAAAAGUUGAAACAAUUCAUGUCAGUGAAUUACCACCAAAAGGACCAGAUUAUCAAUUUCAACAUAAUGAUAAAGUUUAUACACAAGAAAAAGAAGAAAAUAUAAAUCAACCAGGAACUAAUAAUGAAAAAAAUGAUGAAGAAAUUAAUAAUGCUCAUAUUGGAGAAACAACUAUUAAUAGUAAUAAUAAUGUUAUUUACACUUCAGAGAAUCAAAAAAAUAAUGAGGUUACUCCAAAUGUUCUAACAAGUAUAAGUUUUGAAAAAAAUCAAAUAAAUAAUAAAUUAGAAUAUGGUGAAAAAACAACAAAACAAAUUGGUAAAGAACAACAAUCAACAACAUUAGUAGAAUCUAAUAAAAUAAUCGAUACAACAAUUAGUGAUUUUAGAAAUGAAAUAAAAGAAAAUACAGAAACAUCAACAAUAGGUAUUAUACCAAAUGCUUCUGAAAUUUAUUCACCAUCUAGUGCAAAUGUUAAUCAAAAUACUGAUGGUUCUAUUUAUGAAGAAACAACUACUACUAAAAAAAUUGUUACAUCAAAUCCAAUAAUUAUUGAAGAAACAUCUAAGCCAUACAGAAUUCGUAGAAUUUAUUUUAGACAUAGAAAUUAA